AUGAAUGCCUUUUUAGGCCCCCAGCCCUCCAGCAGCAGCAGCAGCAGCAGCAGCAGCAGCGCAGCAGCAGCAGCAGCAGCAGCAGAGCCCAAGUGCCUCGAACUGAACCAGCUCUGCGAGCCGCGGGGCCCCCCGGGGGCCCCCGGGGGCCCCACAGAUGCAGCAGCAGCUCCCGGGGUAUUCCCGCAGCUGCUGCUGCAGCUCGAGGGCCGAUUUCGCGCUGCUGCAGCAGCAGCAGCAAACACUUUGGGUGUAUGUACACUCCCCGCCAUCUUCCUGGGCGGAACUCUCUUCAGCGUUGCUGCUGCAGCUCUUUCCUAUCGAGCCCGCAUGCGAGUCCUCAGCAAGGGGGGCCCCGCCCCCGCUGAGCAGCAUAAAGCCUGA